AUGUCUCAAGUCAAAUAUGUUGACGACAUUCUCGGGGCAUUUGGAAUGACUGAUUGUAAUGCCCAACCGACACCUCUAGCACCAGGAUAUGAUACUCCACAACCAGACUCACCACCUUGUGACAAGCCUAAAUAUCAAAAGGCGAUUGGAAUGCUGCUCUAUUUAGCACGGUGCACUCGACCAGACUUAAUGACUGCUGUCUCAAUUCUGGCCAAGUACUCAUCUAAUCCUACCCAGUAUCAUUGGGCUGGUAUCAUCCAUAUCCUUAGCUAUGUAAAAGGUACUCGUGAAUACCGACUAAGUCUUGGUGGUGCCGAUCUGCUAGUUUACUCAGAUGCGGACUGGGCCAAAGACGUCAAAGUGAUAGGAAGUGUUGGGAAUGUGAUACAUACUACACCAGAGGACACUGGUCAAACAAACCGUAACAACCUCGAUACUAGUCAACUUCAUGCUACUCCUCUACUUUCAACGAAUUCACUACGCCAACAAAAUGACAGCCGGGAUGCUGACACGAACGUGUCAUUCGAAGCAACACACAUUGACUCUUCAUCAUCUUCUUCUUAUGGGUAUCAGUCACCAGCAUCAAGUACUGUUGGGUCUCAACCACCAGAAUCAACGGUUGUGGGUGUACGUGCCACCAGAAUCAAAGCACAGAACGCAAAUGCGUAUAACAAGAAGAAGAGUGAAUGA